AUGUCGGUACCCAAGGAGAGGCUGCUGAAGGUGGCUAAACUCUCAGCUCAGAUUUUUGAUGAAAAUUUUAACCCAACCGGCAUUAGAACAGGAGCUAGUAUCUUGUCGAAAAGAUUGAAAGGUCCAGCUAUCGUAGAUUACUACGGUAACACAGAAUUUAUAAAGCUAAAACAGCUUAACCAAUUGUUCCCAGGUGUGAAAUUUACUGAUGAAGCAGAGGACUACAGAGUACAAAUGGUUGAACAACGGAAACGUAGAGGUAAGGGUGCCCCAACUAAGAAGAACGCGCCCAAUGAUAAGAAGAAGAAACGGUAA